AUGCAGUUUUUCUUCAUCUUCACCACCAUCGUGGCUUUCACAGCCCAGGCAGUUGAUCUCUGCGGCUACGCCAUAAGCAGAACUUGCAGCCGCCCGGGCUUGUUCAUGGGCUGUUGCAAUAAUCUCAAGAAGAACCAGUGCUGCAACUUUGCCAUGGCUGGACUGGGAACCUUUUCGCUGGCCGCGAAAAGUCUUCCAACCAAUUCAACCCUCAAAGGGAUCAAGACACAUUUCCAAAGGGAGGCAACGUUUGCUUUGGCGUUCCAGGAACUAUAUCCCGCUAGGUGGUUCACGUACACACCUAGGCUCGCCGAAACUGGGCACGAGUCCGCGUUGGGCGGAAAAAUCACCCAAGCUGACGAAGAGCCCGGGGUGGACGGACAAGAUUGCGUCGAUGCCAAGCUCGUAGACCCCGGCAUUGACGAAGAAUUUGACUACCUCGUCAAAGGCCCCUAA